UACACAGAAGGCAUUUUUGGAAAUCACAGACGCUCAAUAAUGCUGUCUGUAAAGUCAGCGCGCUAGGUUUCGAGACAGCCCCUGUGUCCACAUUAAUGUCAUCACGAUCAUCCCGGAGCUGCGCUGAUCCGAGCUGUGAAACACACACUCAUUACCGACACGGUUGCAGUGAUCAGCCCGCUGCCAUGCUCUUCCACUCUCUCACGUAGAUGUCACGGGCUGGCAUACGUGGAAACACCGCUAGACUCCCGCUUUAUGAGAGCAGUUGCAACACGGAAUGACAUGAAACGAGCACCGCUAUUCUCCGGAGCUAACUUUUUCCACACUACUGUUUUUUUCUCUCCCGAUCGGCUAAUUUUCUAGCUGCUCGGGCUAACCGUACACCGGGCUGUUUUAAUGUAAUUAUCCACACGACUUCACCAUCGUGCUCAAAGAUCUUUCGGCUCAUGAGGCAUCGACGAACACACUCUCCUCGUCUUAAAAACUGGGUUUUGAGGCCGACGCCACUAAAAUGAAGAAACAGUUCAAUCGGAUGAGACAGCUCGCCAAUCAAACAGUUGGCAGAGCGGAGAAAACAGAGGUCCUUAGUGAUGACCUGUUACAGAUUGAGCGGCGUAUGGAGUUGGUGCGAGUCGUUUCGCACAACACGCACAAAAGAAUGGUCGCGUGUUUGCAGGGGCAGAUAGGCACUGAUGCUGAGAAGAGACAUAAAAAGCUUCCACUGACAGCGCUGUCACAGGCCAUGCAGGAUGGCGGAAACCAGUUGGGGGAGGAGUCUCUGAUUGGGAAAAUGAUGGAGAUGUGCGGAGAUGCAGAGAACAGACUGGCCUCUGAACUAAUGCAGCACGAGAUGAACAUUGAAAAGGAAAUCUUAGACCCCCUCAAUCAGCUAGCAGAGGUGGACAUUCCUAACAUCCUGAAACAGAGGCGGCAGUUAGCCAAGCUGGUGCUGGACUAUGACUCUGCCCGAGCAAGGUGGUUGCAGGCGACCAAGUCCAUAAUCUCAGGAACAAACACACAAGCACUGACAGCCAAAGCAGACUCACUUAAAGAAGAAGUCGAUGAAGCUAUGAACAAAAUGGAGCUGUGUAAGGAUCAACUUUCAGCAGACAUGUACAAUUUCUUCUCAAAGGAGGCAGACUAUGCCCGCUACUAUGUAAUGUUAUUAGAGGCGCAAGCGGAUCAUCACCGAAAAUCUCUCACCUUGCUCGAGAGCGUCCUGCCAACCAUUCAAGCUCAACAAGAUUCGUGGACUGAGAAGCCAGCGUUUGGAACGGCUCUGGACGAGCACCUGAAGCGCAGUAGCAGAGAGAUCGCGCUGCCUUUAGAGGCCUGCAUCAUGAUGCUGCUGGAGACUGGAAUGAAAGAGGAGGGUCUUUUCAGAAUAGCUGCAGGAGCCUCUAAGCUGAAGAAGCUGAAGGCAGCUCUGGAUUGCUCCACCUCACAGCUGGAGGAGUUUUACUCCGACCCGCAUGCCGUUGCUGGGGCAUUAAAGUCGUAUCUCAGAGAGCUGCCUGAACCUUUGAUGACUUACCAGUUGUAUGAUGAAUGGAUACAGGCUUCCAAUGUCCCUGAUCCAGACAAACGGUUACAAGCUUUGUGGGUUACCUGCGAUCAGUUACCAAAAAACAACAAGGCAAACUUCAGAUACCUUAUUAAGUUCCUUGCUAAGCUUGCACAGGAAAGUGACGUUAACAAGAUGACCCCCAGCAACAUUGCCAUUGUCCUUGGACCCAAUCUACUGUGGGCCAAAACCGAGGGGAGCCUAGCAGAAAUGGCUGCUGCAACCUCUGUGCAUGUGGUUACUAUAAUUGAACCCAUCAUUCAGCAUGCAGAUUGGUUUUUCCCUGAGGAUGUGGAUUUUAAUGUAUCCGGCAUGUUUUCUAUGCCUGCGCCCCUGCCAAACAACGUCAACCACCUGACCCCACCAGAUUAUGACUCGGGCACCAUAGAGAGGAAGAGACCUGGCAGCAUGGUGGGCCCAGAUGGUGAAUUGCCCCGGAGAGACGGCUCUGCUAAUAAAUUAAUGGACCACAAUCCUCGUAGAGGCAAUACUGUACCUAGAAAGCAGCACGCUUCGCCUGCCUUCCAGCCCCCGCUGCCCCCGGUGGAGGCUGCAGGUAGUGCAGGGGGUCAGCCUAUGGCUGAACUCCUGCUCCAGCAGCCUGCGCAGGUGGGCCUGGGCUUAGAGAGCUGUCAACCCGGGCUGGCGCUGGGGAUGGCAGCCCUGGCAGCAGCACAGCAGCUUCUAGCUCAGCAUACUGAGGAGAUCAGGUAAGACUCCUGCAUGCUUCGGACCGUGCCGGACCAGUGCAAUGCAUGAAUGAAUCAGCCCUGCAUGCACAUGGAAUAGCUGUGGAGGGACAAAGCGGAUCUUUCAACUCCCUUUUUUCCAGUGGUUUACAUUGUUGUGUUCUAUAACAACCCUAACAUAUAAUUCGUUUUACUGAUAUUGCUUUUCAGCAACAGAUGGCAAGUAGCUAUGUUUGAUAAAUGUAUUUUGUGAGUGAAGGGGAGUUUAACAAGAUAAAGAGAGUAGUAUUUGACUGCCCAUGCUCCUCCUCCAUUUAAAACGAAACCGCUUUUACUGCUUACAUUGAAAGGUAAAAUGUGCAAAAUCAGCUUGUCAUAGUACCCUCAAACGUGGACCUUUGUAUCUUAUCUACUUCUAAGAUAUUAGAACCUUAAUAUUCAUUUUUAUCACGCAUACAUUUAAAGAA